AUGGGUUUUAAGGGAUUUUUUGAAGGAGGAAUUGCUUCCAUUGUUGCAGGAUGCAGUACUCAUCCUCUUGAUCUCAUUAAGGUCCGAAUGCAACUCCAGGGCGAAGCUCUGGCCCCGCCGCAGACGGCUUUUCAGACUCUCCGCCCUGCUUUGGCUUUUCCCACCACCGCCGGCCAUGUCCAUCCUCACAUGGGCCAUAUCAGCCUCCCUCCACCACCACCACGAGUGGGGCUUGUGUCAGUUGGGAUGAAAAUUAUUCAGCAAGACGGUGCUGCCGCUCUGUUCUCCGGCGUCUCCGCCACCGUCCUCCGCCAGACACUCUACUCCACCACCAGGAUGGGCCUCUACGACAUCCUCAAACAAAAAUGGACAGACCCCAAUUCCAACAACAUGCCAUUAAUGAAAAAAAUCACGGCGGGUCUCAUAGCCGGCGGUGUUGGCGCCGCCGUGGGGAACCCAGCAGACGUGGCAAUGGUCCGAAUGCAAGCGGACGGCCGGCUCCCUCUCGCGCAGCGGCGGAACUACAAAAGCGUGUUGGACGCCAUAUCCCAAAUGGCUAAGAACGAAGGCGUGGCUAGCCUUUGGCGCGGCUCGUCUCUCACAGUAAACCGCGCCAUGCUCGUCACAGCUUCGCAGCUGGCUUCAUACGAUCAGUUCAAAGAAUCUAUACUUGAAAAGGGAUUGAUGAAAGAUGGGCUGGGAACCCAUAUCACCGCCAGUUUCGCCGCAGGGUUCGUGGCAGCGGUGGCGUCAAAUCCGGUGGACGUGAUAAAGACUAGGGUAAUGAACAUGAAGGUGGAGGCCGGGAUGGUCCCACCAUACAGUGGGGCCAUUGAUUGUGCAAUGAAAACUAUUAGAGCAGAGGGACCCAUGUCCCUUUAUAAGGGAUUUAUUCCUACAAUUUCAAGGCAAGGUCCAUUUACAGUGGUGCUCUUUGUCACGCUAGAACAAGUACGAAAAUUGCUUAAAGAAUUUUGA